AUGGGUACGUUUGGGUACUCUACGGCUUCAAUAGAAGGUGAUGUUUACAUACAAAGAUUAUCGAGCUACAUCAAGAAGAAUGAAGAAGCAAUAGCCAACGGCCUCUUAUGUUUUAGCAAAACCACCAAACAUCACCACUACCAUCAAGGUAACAGCAACAGCAACAGCAACAGCAGCAACAACAAUAACAGCCUGGCAAAUGGCGCCCAAUACCAAUACCAACACCAGCAACACACCCUUACAAUCAAGCCCCUUCGGCUUACAUUUACUAUCCACCACCUUUAUUAUCUCCUCGACAGGAUCGAGCAACUGGACUUUGACGUUGAAGUGGGCCCCUUGAACAUCAAAUUGGAAGUCAAUCCUAAUCAAGAACCAACAUUUAUAUCUUUUAUGGCAAAUAAUGCUAGAGGUGAUCAUUAUCAUGGCAACUACAAUGGCAGUGGCAGUGGCAGUGGUAAACAGUUUGAUAGUGAUACCCGAAGCAUUACUUCAAUAAAUUCAAUGAGAUCAAUAGUCUCUUCAGCCAGUGCAUAUUGGAGAUCCUUCUCUAUAAGUAACGAUCCCAAAAUAAUCAAAAAAGAUUUGAGAUAUCUCUAUUCGUCAUUCACAAAGAUCCCAUGCUUAAUCUUAACACCAAAGACUAAAGUCAAUAGCAUUUUAGGUUAUGAAGAAUAUCCUUGCGACACUUCAGUGCCAAUCCAGAUUUUCAAAAAUUUGCAAGUCUUGGAGUUGAUUGAGUACGAGCCAAAUGAAAUAUUUGGGUGGCAUAUUCUAAGUGAUCAGUUGAGAAUAUUGAUUCUACGCAAGAGCAAGAUAAAUGAUUUGGAGGAAUUGUUGGUGCAAUUGGUGGAUGAAGACGAAAAUGGGAGAUCGAGAUUUAAUGGCAAACACAUCAAGCAUCAACAUCAGUACCAACAACACCACAAGGAGACGUCCUUUGCUAUGGAUGAUUCAAAUGAUGUUUUUCGACAAAAGAGAAGAGCAGGAAGAAGAUAUACCACCUCGUCUGCCACUGCUAAUGCUAUUGCUACUCCUACUGCUGCAGCAGCUAUCACUGUGAACUCUGGGGAUGCACCAACAGCAGGUGCCAUUUCUACUUCUGCCACUAGCAAAGGCGCAAAUAGAUCUUCAUCUCACAAGAAAUGGGCAGUGUUGAAACAAUUGACAGUUUCCGAAACAUCGAUUGCGCACAUUCCACGUCAUUUAUUUACGCCGUUGCUGAACUUGGUCAAGUUAAACUUGUCUAAUAAUUUAUUGCACGAACUACCUCAAGGCUUAGAGCAAUUGACAAGUGUCAAAUACCUCAAUUUCGCUGACAAUUACAUUACAAAUCUUAAGAAUCUUCCUUCAAACCUUUCAAACUUGGUCACUUUAAACUUGAACAAUAACAAAUUAACCGAUCUUAACGGAUUAGAAAACCUUGCAUCGUUGGACAAGAUUGAUCUUCGACGCAAUCAGUUGCCGGACUUGGCUUCGUUGAAGCCAAUAGUAACUCUUUACAAAAAGAUACCGGAAAAGUUUACAAAUGUAUACCUUUCAAACAACAAACUUCCAAAGACAUUUCGAACCGACUUGUUCAAUCUUUUCAAUGGUGUCAAAUACAAAAAUACAAUCAAGAUAGACGAUUCACGACCAGGUUACUUUGAGAAGGCUAGCUUAUUGGACCAAGAAGCAGCUAAAAAAAAUCUCGAUGUGUUUUACCGUGGUCAUAAACGGGAAGAUUCCGAACUGACAUUGGCAAACACCAGCGAGGAAAGCCAGAACAAGUCAAUGAAGAUACAACCAAACCAGCAAGCAAAAGCACAGGGCAGUGUAUUUGUUCAAGCAGCAGCAAGUUCCUCCUCGCAUGCAUCAACACCAUCACAAGCACCAACACCUACGCCAACGCCGACUUUAGUUUCCAAUAGUCCCGACCUUGAAGAAGAUGAAAUCAUUACGAAAUUCAGAGAUUUGCAAGUUGAACAUCAAAGUCAGAAAUCAUCUCUGAAUUUGCACCUUGCACCUGCAUCACCCUCUUUUAAGAAACACCGCAAAUACGAGUUGUCGCAUACAGUGUCUUCAACACCAGCGCCUCUUGCCUUACUUUCACAGCCUGGAUCCCCAUCAUGUCUCAAUUUCAAUAUUGGAAAUUUGGCCAAACACGAUGGCGGUGGCUCACCAUCGACAUUAAAACCUAUCAUGCAUAUCAAUUCUUCAAGUUCCUCACUAAACCAAUCUUCUUCAUCUUUAGGAGGUGCUAGUGCAGGGAUCGGUGCCUCGGGCAUGAAGAGAUCAUCCACCUUGGUUGAUUUUGAAAACCAUACAGCGCCAAGUAUAGUCACUGCAGUGCAGGUCACUGCCAGAAUGAGUACAUAA